AUGUCUCUAGAACAGGCCCCAGAAGUGCCCAGCGUCAGCGACCUCAAGCUCACAGAGCCUGUAGAGGCCGAGAAGCCAGUGGAAGCCACUGGCGAAGCAGACUCCGCCGAUGCCGACAAAAAGAAGAAAAAGAAGAACAAGAAGAAAAAGAAGCUCACCAGCAUAGACUCGCUGUACCCAGAUGGCGUGUUCCCAGAAGGUGAAUGGCAAGAGUACCCUCUCGAGAUCAACAGCCACAGAGUGACCUCGGAAGAGUUGCGGUACUUGGACCGCCAGCAGAACAACAAGUGGGAGGAUUUCCGUAAGGGAGCCGAGAUCCACCGUAGAGUGAGAAGAAAGGCCCAGUCAUCCAUCCAACCAGGAAUGGCCAUGACUGACAUCGCCAACAUCAUCGAGGACUCGGUGCGUGCCUACGCUGCUGCGGACCACACCUUGAAGGCGGGAAUUGGCUUUCCUACGGGGUUGUCGCUCAACCACGUAGCCGCCCACUACACCCCCAACGCUGGCGACAAGCUUAGCUUGGGUAAGGACGACAUCAUGAAGGUGGACAUUGGUGUUCACGUCAACGGACGCAUCUGUGACUCUGCUUUCACCAUGACUUUCAACGACACUGGCAAGUACGACGCCAUCAUGGAGGCAGUCCGUGAGGCCACCAACACCGGGGUCAGGGAGGCCGGGAUUGACGUGAGAUUGAACGACAUCGGUGCAGCCGUGCAGGAGGUGAUGGAGUCGUACGAAAUGGAGGAAAACGGCAAGGUGUUGCCCAUCAAAUGCAUCAAGAACUUGAACGGACACAACAUCGGUGACUUCAUCAUCCACUCGGGCAAGACGGUGCCCAUUGUGGCCAACGGCGACAUGACCAAGAUGGAGGAGGGCGAGACCUUUGCCAUUGAGACGUUUGGCUCUACCGGAAAUGGGUACGUGCUUCCCGAGGGCGAGUGUUCCCACUACGCGUUGAACCAGAACAUCAGCGACCUCCGUCCUCCCACCGAACGGGCCCUGCAGUUGUUGGCCAACAUCCAGCAGCACUUUGGCACCUUGCCAUGGUGUCGUCGGUACUUGGAACGUACUGGAGAGGACAAGUACUUGUUGGCGUUGAACCAGUUGGUGCGGACGGGGAUUGUUGAAGACUACCCUCCUAUUGCCGACAUCAAGGGCAGUUACACGGCCCAGUUCGAGCACACCAUCUUGUUGCAUCCACACAAGAAGGAGGUGGUGACCCGUGGAGACGACUACUAG